AUGGUUAAAAUCGUAUAAUCAACCAAAUUACUCAAAUCAAGACGUCUACUUAGGUUAAAACUAAGUAAAUUAUCAUUGUAAUCCAAAUAAAUUGGAACAGAUAAAAAAGAAUCAGAAACAAAAUAGGUUCAAAUUAUUAAUGAGGAUUAAUUUAUUACGCAUAUUGAACCAAUUAAAUAGUUAUUGCCAUUUUAUUAAGGUGGUAAAAUACAAAUAACAAAUAAUGUGAUAUAUACAUGUUUUAAUUUUUGUGUGCAAUAUCUUGAUAAAAAAAUUUAGCAUAAUUAAGAAGAAAUAGCAAAUUUUUGUGUGAGCAAUUUAAAUGAUUAUAUUGCAACAUUUACAAAGAAUUAUAUGCUCAGAUAUGUUAGAUUGAAUGAUCAUAUUACUUAAUUUACAAUAAAAACAGAUCCUUUAUUUGCCAUUGAUAUGUAAUUUAGUCCAGAAGAUGUUUAUUUGGCUUUAGGUGGUACAAAUUGCAUGGUCAAAAUUAUAAAUGUUAAAAAGAAUUAAUAAAGUACUGAAUUUAGAGUAAGUGGAAGUGUUCUUAAAUUAUAAUGGAUUCCUAUUAUGAGAAAAUUAUAAAUUGCUAUUGCCACAGAUGAUAGACGCAUCUCAUUAUUUGAUUUAGUAGCUAAUAGAAUACUUUGUGCUUUUGUUGACUUUAAUAGUAGGAUUACCCAUAUAUAAUUUAAUCAACAUAUGUUAAUUUCAAGUUGUAAUAAAUAUAUUAAAUUUUGGGAUACUAGUGUAUAAAAAAUGAGUGAAACUAUAGAAUUUGAUAUUGAAAUUGAAACAUUUAUUUAUUUUAAAAAUACCUUAAUUAUUGGUACUGAAUCUGGAGAUUUGCAUAUCAAAUAAUAAAAUAAAAAUAUUGUUAUAGAUUAACAAUUUAAUGGAUAAUAAAUAUUAAAAUUUAUUAAUUGCAAUGAGAAAUUAUAUAUUAUUACAAGUGAAUUACAUAUUUAUAUAACUGAAUUAGUAUCUGGUUAAAUUUAAUAAUAAAAAUUAUUAUUAGGAUAUAAUGAUGAAAUACUAGAUGUAAAGUUUAUUAAAAAUAAUUAAUUACUUUUAGCUACAAAUUCACCAUUUAUGAAGUAAUAUUAAAUAUCUAUAUUUUAGAAUAUUAAAUUUAGAUAAUAUGGAAGUAAUAGCUUGGAAGGCUCAUUUUAGUGUAAUAAUGUGUUGUGAAUUUAUAGAUGAUCUAAUAGUAACAGCUUCAAAAGAUAAUUGUGUCAUUAUAUUCAAAUAUAAAGGAUUCAAAUAACCAAUAGAAUUACAUAAAUAUAGCGGACAUUCUGAUGAUGUAAUAUCUAUAGAUGUAAAUUCCAAAUAUAUUGCUUCAGUUUCAAAAGACAAAACUCUUAAAUUAUGGGAUUUAAAGAAUUAUCAAUCAGAAUAAUCUAUCAAAACUGUAGUUGCUCAUGAAAAAGAGAUGAAUUGUGUUAGAUUUUCACCAAAUAAUAAACUUAUUGCUACAUCUUCUUAAGAUAGACUUAUUAAAUUAUGGGAUGAAAAUUUAAUGAAUAAGAUGAUACUUAAAGGACAUAAAAGGGGAGUUUGGGAUAUAUAAUUCUCUCCAGUUGAAAAAAUAUUGGCUUCAGCAAGUGGUGACAAUACUAUUAAAUUAUGGAAUCUUAGUGAUGGAUCUAUAAUUAAAUCUUUUUAAGGAGUUGCUCCUUAAUUAAAAGUUUCAUGGUUGGCUAGAGGAUCUGAAUUAAUAAGUUCUGAUUCAAUUGGUAAUAUUAAAUUAUGGAAUGUUAAAAAAUAAACAUGUAUUAAUACAUUUUCAUAACAUACUGGCAAAAUUUAUGCAUUAGAUAUAAAGAGAGAAAACCAAGAUGUAUAUAUAGUAACUGGAGCAAAUGAUUCAAAUCUAAUUUUAUGGAAAGAUAAGACAGAGUAAGUUACUUAACAAUAAUAACUUCAAUAACAUGAAAUUAAAAUAAAAUUGCAAACAUUUCAAGAUUUUAUGAGAGAUAAACUAUUUUUAGAUGCAGCUUUUAUUGCAUUUUAGAAUAAUUAUAUAAAACAUUUUAUUUAAGCUGUCACUGAAAUUUAUAAGUAAAUAUUAUUUAUAUUUAAGGCAAGAUGAUUAUGAUAAUGUUGUCUCUAUGUUAUCCUAAAAGAUGGUAAAAGAAGAUAUAUUAAAAUUUUUAUAAUUAUUAAUAACACUAAAUUAAAGCAAGAAAACUUAUUAAGCAGCAUAACAUUUAUUCUUUUAUUCAAUUAAAUAAAUAAAUGUUAAUGAAUUUAAAGAUGAAAAAAGAGAGUUAGUGAAAAAAUUGCUGUAAUAAUUAAAAUAUUUGACAUCAAAAUGUUUUGAUCGAUUAGAGAGUAAUUAUUCUUCUUAGUUUCUAAUUAAAUUUAUGAUUGAUAAGUCUAAAAUUGUUGUUUGA